ACAUUCCUCUUCCUUCGGUUCACUUCGACUCUCAAAGCUUCUUUUACUAUCAAACAUGUCAGACAGACCAAGAGGCGGAUAUAACAGCCGUGGAGGCGGAGGACGUGGUGGUGGUGGACGCGGUGGUGGUAGUGGCGGUGGACGUGGAGGCGGACGCGGCGGUGGACACUCCUCUCACACAGAACGGCCCAAGAAAGAGUCGAUCCUGGAUCUUGGAAAAUACAUGGAUCAGAAGAUCCGAGUCAAAUACAGCGGCGGACGUGAAGUCAUAGGAACAUUGAAGGGCUACGACCCUCUUUUGAACUUGGUACUGGAUGAGACCGAGGAGUGCUUGAGAGAUCCUGAGGAUGGCCGCUUGUUGGAUCAGACCAGGACCUUGGGUCUCAUUGUCUGCAGAGGCCCCGCGAUCAUCUUGAUCUCACCUAUGGAUGGCACUAUGGAGAUCGCCAAUCCUUUCAUCCAGGAGGAAGAGGCCGUUAUCUGAAGCGACUGUAGCUGGAAAAUAAAAUGAAUUUUUUUUUUUAUGCAGCA